AAAUCGUUUCAGUGGCUGAACAAUCGCGAAACGCAUCGAAUCGGAAGUUGAUCUAGCAGCUAUGCAUAAUACGCAUAUAUUAUUUUUGUUACUUGGACUAACAGUUUGUGGCAUUUCGGUUCAGGCUGAGAUUUCGAAACCCAUUACGGAACAAUGUCUGAUCUGUAUGUGUGAGGCUUUGAGUGCCUGUAAUGCCACAGCAGUGUGUGUGAAUGGGGCAUGUGGCAUCUUCAGGAUCACCUGGGAUCAAUGGGUGGAUUCAGGAAGGCUGACAAUAGCAGGCGAUUCGCCACUAACAGAUAGUUCAUUUACUAACUGUGCCACUGAUCCUUACUGUGCCGCUGAUACCCUGCAAAGUUAUAUGGUGAAAUAUGGACAGGAUUGCAACAAUGAUGAGAAGGAGGAUUGCUAUGAUUAUGCAGCCAUCCAUUACAUGGGUCCUUUUAACUGCAAGGCGGAAAGGCCCUUUACCUACGAGAAUACCUUUCAACGAUGUUUGGGAAAAGCUAUUCGAGAUGAAAAGCAACAGAAAUCCUAAGCUAAGCUACGGGGGAAUGCAUUUUACUUAGUAUUUUUGUAUGUAACUAACUUAUGAGGAAGAGCCGGUGUAAUUUAUGUGCGAAAAUUGCAUAGCUAAUAUAGGCGUAAAUAUUUUUGAUUAAUAAAUAAGUGGCUUACGGCCAACGGA